AUGUCGCUCUUCAAACUCGGGUCCGGCUCCUCAGUGACCGGAGACGAUCUGAAACCACUGCUAUCAAAAGCCGGCCUGGAGCUCUCCGCACCGCUGCUCGACGACUUCAGCAAGCUGGUGUCGAGCCUGGAAGAUGCCAUCGCCUCUCUGCCGGACGCCAAGUCGGUGCUGCCCCGGCCGGAUCUGGAGAAGUACCCGCGGACUGACAUCCAUAUCCCCGAGGACAAUGAGAUGGGAGCUUGGGCGACCAAGGUGACGGCGAAAUGCACAAGCCCUACUAGCGACCUCCUGAAAGGCAAGACCGUGGCGCUGAAGGACAACAUGGCUUUUGCAGGUGUGCGCUGCACCAACGGGAGCACCAUGGUCGAUUGGGUGCCUGAGAUCGAUGCUACGAUCGCGACUUGGAUAAUGGACGCCGGAGCCACGAUUGUCGGCAAGGCCGCUUGCGAAAACUCGUGCAUGGAGGGCAUGUCCGCCACGGCAGUCACCGGACAGGUCCACAACCCAUAUGCCAAGGGCUACAGCGCUGGAGGCUCCAGCAGCGGUUCGGGGCGCCUCGUGGCAACUGGAUCCGUCGACUUCGCCAUCGGCUGUGAUCAGGGCGGCAGCAUCCGCAUUCCGGCGUCUUCGUGUGGUAUCGUCGGACUCAAGCCGACUUGGGGAUUGGUGCCGUACACUGGUAUCCUGAGUCUCGAUGCUACGAUUGACCAUGCCGGGCCCAUGGCGAAGACUGUGAGGGACUGUGCUCUGCUCCUUGAAGUCAUCGCAGGGCCCGACGGCUGGGAUGACCGACAACCGCCGUUUGGUCUCGAGGGAGAUAGGCUCAAGUUCGUGGCGCCUGUAGAUGCCAUAACGGCCAAAGAGUCCUCGAAAAUGCUGGAGGGAGUAAAGAUCGGGGUGCUGAUGGAGGGCUUUGAUGUCCCGGGACAGGGCCCGAACGUCGUAGCAUCCGUCCGCUCUGCGAUCGACAAAUUCCGUGCUCUCGGGGCAACGGUCACCUCAGUAUCAGUUCCUCUCCACAAGGAAGCGCCGAUUCCGUGGAUGUGCGCCAUCCCGCUUUCCGGUGCGCGGGAGGCUCUACUUGGCGACGUACACGGGAGGAAACAGCUUCACCUGACCGAUCGGGCAGAAUUGGUCGGGACCAAACUCACCCAGGCCCAAUUCGACGCUCUCGGUCCCGGUGCAGCGAACAUGUACAUGGGCUAUCUUUACGUCCAGGAGGUGUACGGGCCGAAACUUCACGGCAGAUGCAUGAAUUUUCUCAAAACGCUCAGCGACGCAUACGAUAAUGCCUUGAAAGAGGUCGAUGUACUCGUCAUGCCAACACUACCGCACUCACCAGCUCAACUGCCGGAGAAGGGGUACGAUGAUAGCCCGGUGAAGUUCUUGGGCAGGACUACGGGAAUGCUGGCGAACACUUGCGCUUUCAAUAACUCCGGACACCCUGCUCUCUCUUUGCCAGUCGGGUUCGUACCUGCAAGGGAAGACCCCGACGUGAAGUUGCCUGUUGGGCUACAGAUUGUGGGCAAAAAAUACGCAGACGUCGACUGCUUGAAGGUUGCAGCAGCGUGGGAGAACGCGCAUGACUGGAAGACACUGUGA